AACAGUAAAAUAUAGAGAAGAUAAUUUUACGAAAUUCAGCGUGUGUUUAGUAUGAAAAACGAACAGAUCCUGCAAGUGCUGUGUUGUAAAAUAUUCCAAAAAUAUAUACAUAUGUACAUACAGGCAGCAGGAUAAAAAACGCAAAAAUGCAUAUAGUGUAUUUUAUGGUAUUUUUAAGUUGUCUUGUCUAAUGGCCAACAUUAGCGAAGCGAAACGCGUUGCUUAAUUAGCUUUUUGUUUAGUUACGAGCACGACGCGCCAGCGUGAUCGCCAAAGAUCUUUUAAUGUGGCCUGUGCCAGAUUUUGGGCGCCAAUAGUUAAUUUUAUAUACUUGUACACUAAACAUAUACAUUUAUACAUAAUAAUAUCCUUUUGUGCCAGCAACAUUUAUGAGUUAUUAGAAAACUACACGUAAAAUACGAAGAAACUAUAACAUAAUUAAUAGCGUGGGCUAGCUGCGUGUGUGACAAAGAAAAUACGAGAAAAAUCUGCUGCGAUAAUUUAUAAGUAAUUUAUAAUAAGAAACUAAACGAUAUGAUAUAAGUGAAAACUCAAAAUAUAAAAAGGCAACGGUAAUAGUUUAUAAAAAACAAUACAAUAAAACUUAAUUAUACUUGUAAACUUCGAAAUAAUAAUCAACAAUGAUAAGAGUGUAUAAAUGAUUCAUGUAUCAUGCUUUCUUUCAAAAAUCGCUAAACACCCAAGAACCUCGAAAAAUAGUGUUAUCACUACUAUCGCCUAUAAAAAAUGCUAUCACACGCCAUAAUUUAGAGCAGCCAGCACAGAGCUUACUUGCGUUACUAAAACAACGCAACAACCCUAACCCACAUACCCAUGUGCUAUGUAGAAUUAUUUUAUGUAUUUAGUCUGCACCUGUAUACGAAGUUAAACAAAUCACAAAGCACCAAGUUGCUGGGUAACAGGAAAAGUAGCAACAAAUUAAAAUAUGCGCAAACAAACACUUGAAAUAAGCAAACACAGGCGCCUCAAUUAUAAACACACACGAUCGACGCUUUCAAAUAGCAAACGCCUAUUACAUGCUGAGCGCUUAGACAGCUGAGCGACCAAUUAAUAGCUACAAGCAAACAUAAUUAAGCCACUUUCAAACAGCUGAUGAAUGCUUACCAUAUAUAUGUAUGUUUGUGUUUAAGUGUCUGCAGAACAAACUGUGACGAACACAAAACCACAACAGCAAUAAUAAUAACAAGCAUAAAACGUCAAACCUGAAGCAUUUAAAGCACAACGGAGCAGUCGAAAAACAAUUACUCAUAAACACAUGCACACACACGCGCAUAUAUUUAUUUAUAGACACAUGUUUUGAUACGCAUAUGGCACUAUGGAAAGAGUGCAAGCGUUUUAUAGCUAAACGAAGAGGAAGUAACAAACACACAUACACACACGCUAACAAUAUGCCAAACUAGCCGGCGCUAUCAAACUUUAAAGCGAAACGCCAGCGACCUUAGCGCUGAAGCUUUCGAAUGUUUGCUUGUACAAAGCUGCAGCAAUGAACUGUUUGAGUGUGUGCUGUUGAGUAACUGCUUAUUUUAUUUAAGUGAGCGAUUGGACAGGUGAAUGAUCAAUUUGUGGAUUAAAUGAAAAUUUUGCAGCGCCAUUGAGUAUUUUAUGUUCAAUUAAAUGUUAAUGUAAAGCCAAGCGCAUGAGCUACAAAUCACCAACUAAAUAUGUGAGAGUAAUAAACUAGAAAAUUGAUUAUCUGCGGAAGUAGGUAUUAACAAUCAGCUGGAAGAGUGAAUAUAAAUAUUGCUGAUAGGCGAUAAUCAUUAGCGUUCGCUAUUUAAUUAAAAAAUUAUUCGUAGUUAAACGACAAGCUGCUGACAGCAACGAUCAUUGAAUAAUCAUAUAAAUUGAUUUGUUAAGCAUAAUUAGCAUCAUUUAGAGGCAACAUUUAAUUUAGUUUUGACGCUUAAGUAGCGCUCGGCGUUAGGUUAUAUUUUAGCAAUGAUUUCAUUUAAAUACGAAAAAAUGUUUUGAAAUCGCAAUUGAGAGCUAUUUUAGGUAUUAGUAACAUGUAAAUUAAAUAGGCAUUAUGUUGAUAUGAAGUGAUAAUAUCAAAAACAAAUUUCAGACCACUUCAAUAUAGUGACAAGAUCAGUGAUCGGUGAUUUACCUACAGUGUUUUCUUAAGAAUUCACUAAGUAACUAUAUACAUAUCUAAAUAUUAUAUAUAUAUAUAUUUAUUUGCAAAUUAUAAAAUUUACAGAUCAUAAGCGAUCUUGGAAGCAAUUUUAAGAAUAAAUGCUAGAUUUCAUAGAAAAUUUAAAAAUUGCAAAUUAAAAAUAUGUACUGCCAUAGUGAUCGUAUCAAUAAACUUAAAAAACUUAUCAAUAUCAGGUAUGUCUAAAUUUUAAGUAUGCAGAGUAUUCAAAGGCAAGUAAAGCUAAUAAUAAAGAACCAAAAUCCAGCACCAAGGCAGCAUUUGCUAACGAACACACCCGCUCGAGGAUCAAGAUCGUAACAGACCGCUUAAACCGCAAGACACACAUUUCACUCCAGCGCACAAGUGAUAAGCAAGUUGAAGAGUCACUUUAAGAACUCGAAAUGCAUCGCUGAAUCACACAGCAAACUAAAUAUUUCUAAACAAACUCAAACAGCCGGAAAAUAAAAGCGAAAUUCACGCCAAUUAAACCACGCCAAAAACGAUAGCUUUCAACCGAACCUGUUGUGGCAAGUAACGCCAAUUACACUCGGGAAGACUUGUUCAGUCAUGCCAUAAAUCGCUACAUCUUAUUUAUAAAAUUAUACAAUAUAAAUAGUCAAACUUAAUUAAGUUUAAAUCAUGGCAAAUCGUUGUUUUUAAACGCUAUGAAUUUCGUUGUUUUAUGCCACUUAACGCACACACACACUUACAUAUAUAUCAGCAGAAAUAUUCAAACGCACAAACAAUUACUGAAGCGAUAAUAACUACUGAUAGUAAGGUAAGACCGGACUAUCCGCACUAUCAUAGCAGCUGACGAAGCAUACGAGCGUAGAGAAAGCAGCACGCUUCAGCAUCAACAGCGUUGGUCGCUAAUCAUAUCAGUAGACAGCCAAUAAUAGACUGCAGUGUAUAACCACAAGCAUCACAACAACAGUAACGGCCAAUAAGGCAGCAAUUGUAAUUAAAGCAGCAGCCGAGAAAAUGAUUUCACACAGUCCACCCAUCUUUAGCCAUAGUCCACCAGUCAGUUUCCUAUCGGACUACAUGAACAAUCAUCGUUACAAUGACGAAACAAACAGAGCGUCGCGCUAUUGUCGCCCCCAAGUGAUCACACUCGCCUCGAAGGCCAUGGCCAAUAGCGCCGCCGCCGCUUUCGCCAGCCAUCAGCUGAACCAGCAGCAGCCAAUGCAGCUGCCGCAGUCGCAGCAGCAGUACACACAUCAGCAGCAGUCGGCGCGUCUGCCCACCACCGUCACCGCUGGCUACGGCAAAGGCCAUGAGAGCCGCGUCAUCGGCGGCUUGCCGCGCACGCUUUCCGCCCCCAUCAUGAAUUUGCAGCCGAAGUCUUGCCUUAGCCGCAAAUCCUGCCUACACCGCUCCACAGCGAGCAACAGCAGCAGCGAUAGUCGCAACAGCGACGCGGCGGGCGCGUUGGCUGAAUGCACGAAUUGCAAAUGCAAUGGACAAAGCCGCUGUACCAAGCGAGUGAUCUUCGCUGACGAUGAGGGUCAACCGCUAACGGAGGUGCGCGUCAUGUCCGAGCCCUCGAAUGUGCCGCCAUUGUGGAGCACGAAGUUCUUGGAGCAAAUUACACAGGGCCUCGUUAGUCCACAUCCGGCCGAUCAAUGGACCGUCGACUUCAAACAACCAGCAUCCGAUUACUUAACAUUUAGAGAAAAAAUCGAUCUUGACUUUGUCUCUCUUGAAAAUGUGAUUGUCAAGGAUGAGGAGUCCAUUGUUGUAGGUACGGUGAAAGUGAAGAACAUCUCUUUCGAAAAGGAAGUCGUUGUACGCGUCACAUGGGACGACUGGAAAAACCAGCAGGACAUAUUCUGUACCUUCGCGAGGGCUUAUGGUCCAGCUACCUAUGCGCACGUCGUCUUCGAUACGUUCUCAUUUAAGAUCACAUUGCCGCCAUCUUCCAAGCGUCUUGAAUUCUGCAUUUGCUAUCGUGGUAAUAACCAAGAAUACUGGGAUAAUAAUGGGGGUAAGAACUAUACUAUCACAAAGCGUUCACCCUUCUACUACAACGCUCUCUCGCCAUAUGACAAGAACUCAUCGCGCAAUUCCUGCCGCGGUCAUGUGAUGUCAACACUUUCCGAAGCGCUGAGCAAUUCGAAAGAGUAUCAGGCACAGAAGAAUUGGAGUCAGGAGUCAGGCCCCUACUGGCAACAAAAACAGAUCGAGGAGAAAUAUUGGUGAUGGAUUAUAGAUAGGAUGCAAGUCUAACGCAGCGCUAGGAGCACAGGCUCACAUCAAAAGCGCAAACAACAAUGCAGUAGAAAAGAAUCUGACAUAAAUGCCAAUAAAGAACAACUAGAUUAGAUGCAGCAACAAUUACAAAAACAAGCAAUAACAAAUGAAACCCCAAAGCAAGACAAAUGUACGCACAAGAACGCGGGUCGGUGACAACAGACUAAACCGUGUGUGAGUAAACUGAAGUGCACCAAAACUCAUUACCACAACUUGUAAGAAUUGUUAAGCGAUUACGAUAAUCAAAAGCAACAACAAAUACAAAAUAAAAUUGUAGCAUUGCAUAGCAGUGACGGUCAAAACACCAAAACUAAGGAAAAUAUUAUAAAACAUAUAUUUUACAGCUGGACAGUGUAGUGAGAGAAAAUUCAGUGCAAUAUUUGAGAACCGAUUGUGGACAUUUUGAAAAGCUUUAACUUAAAAUCAUUAAAAAAAAAACCGAUUUAGUGACCCCUGCAUGUGUUAGCAUUUUGAGGGCCUCAACAAUAAAGACUUUGAGAUGGAGCAGUAAUAUUAGCACGUUGACUAAUUAUACAAACGUAAGCAAGUGAAAAGUUGUAGAGAGUUAACUAGUAAACUUAAAAACUACGUUGUAACAGAAAUCAAUACGUAGGCAAGGCAAAGCACAGCCAUUUUGUAGAGUUUAGUUAAGAAGUUAAUAAAGGCAGUGACAAACUUAAAUGAGCUGAGCUUGUAAUCCGCACGCACAAACUUGUUUGGCCAGCAUUAAUGCGUAACUUAAGUGAAGUCGAGCUGGUUUCGACUACACGGCCAACAAGUGGAGUUGCGUUGCGUUAGCGCAUAAAAUGUGCAUGCCACUUUUAAUAGCGCUAAAUAAUUUUAAUCAAUGUGAAAUUUACUAUUUUUAUUUGUAUACUACUUGAGGCAACAACAAAGAAGUUCGGUGUAUGCCACUUUAACGUGAACUUUGUUGAUAUCUCAAGCACAAAUGAUUCCUACAUAGCUUAUAAAACGUGAUGACUUGCCAUUUAUAGCCUGCGCAAUGACUCACUGGCAUACCUAAGGCUAUGCGCAGAGUGCAGCAAAGCGACACAAGCAACAAAAGUAAGCAAAGUGCGUUUCAAUUCAACACGCAAACUUACUUUUGUUGGCUUUGCCUGACUUUGACUUUGCUGCGCGCAUGCGCUAGACUUUACACAAAUAAUAAUAGCAUCUUAUCUAAACGUUGGAACUUCAAUGCAUUACUUUUUUACGUUUUUGAAGUUCUGAGUCGUGUAGAUAGGCAAGAAAUACAAUAAAGCAAAUAAGAGUACGGUAACAAGAAAACUUUAUACGAACAUUUAGUAACCAAAACACGAAUGCAAACUCAAUAUUUACUAGAAAAUCUGCUAAACUACUGUGUUAGGGUGUUUGCAUAGGCGUUUGGGGCCAUAGUAGUGUUUAGCGUUAGCUUAGAGUAAAGAAAGUGAGUACAAUCAUGCAGGAACUACUUGAAACUAUGCAUACAAGCGCUAAAAAAUAACAAGCGUUUCUUUAACUAGUAACUUAUGUUAUAACAAAAACAACAAUAUGAAAAUUACAAACAUCAAUGCGUAAGCAUAAGCAAAAAAAUUAUAACGCCACAUACAUAUAUGUAUAUCUAAACACUAAAAUACGCCUACAUAUAGUAAUAAAAAAAAUAUAUAUAUAUAUACAAAUUAUAGUUGUAAGUUUGCAAACAAACACUUGCUAUAGACAUUUAGUGUAAUUGUAAGCGGCAAAUAUUGUGUUAUGUGCGCGGAGUUUGUGUGAUUGUUAACUGCGUUCUUUUAUUAUAUUAUAUAAACAAGCAUAUUUUAUUUUGUGGGUUAUAGACGCAUAAAUUCAUAACGAUUCUUGUGCUGACGAUUUUUUAAAAUGGUUUUUUAUAUUUACUUACUUUUUUACAAGUCGUUUCUCGGCUGCCACAAUUGCUUGCAACAUGAGCACUGUGUUUUCAACUUCGCUUAUUGUAUGAAGCUUAGCCAUAACUGUAAUUAUUAUUUUUGUUAAAAAAAAUUUUUUUUUUU